CCAACCAAGCUCGCUGGGUCUUUUCCCAAGUCUUCCUUUUUCCCAAGUCUUCCUUCUCGAAAGACUUUUAUUUCUUUUAUCUUAGUAUUGAUAUUACCGAUCCCUGCCUCUCUCGAUUCCAACCACCAACCACAUCUACUGCCCCGAUGUCCUCGCCGGCUAAAUGUGCCACCGUACUUACCUGCAAAGCUGCGGUGGCAUGGGGGCCGGGCGAGCCUCUUGCGUUGGAAGAGGUGGAGGUCGAUCCACCCGAAGCAAUGGAGAUCCGGAUCAAGGUCACCUGCUCUUCUCUUUGCCGCAGCGAUAUAACCCAGUGGGAAUCUAAGGCACAACCUUCUUUGUUUCCCCGGAUAUUCGGACAUGAAGCUUCUGGGGUUGUAGAGAGCGUGGGAGAAGGUGUGACCGAAUUUGUGGUAGGAGAUCAUGUGCUUACAGUGUUCAUUGGAGAAUGCCAAAGCUGCAAGCACUGUUUUUCUGGAAGAAGCAAUAUAUGUCAGAAGCUUGGUCUGGAACGUAAAGGGGUCAUGCAUACUAAUAAAAAAACCCGCUUUUCUAUAAAGGGCAGACCUAUAUACCAUUAUUGUGCUGUGUCAAGUUUUAGUGAGUAUGCUGUAGUUCACUCUGGUUGUGCUGUUAAAAUCAGCAAGGAUGCACCAAUGGAUAGGAUAUGCCUCCUCAGCUGUGGAGUAGCUACUGGAUUUGGAGCAGUUUGGAAAGUUGCUGAUGUAUCUAAAGGUUCAACUGUAGUUAUUUUUGGUUUGGGAACUGUGGGUCUCUCAGUGGCCCAAGCUGCUAAACUAAGAGGUGCUUCUCAGAUUAUUGGUGUGGAUAAUAAUCCUCGCAAGUUUGAGAAAGGAAAGUCUUUUGGUGUAACGAGCUUCAUCAAUCCCGAUGACUACAAUGAGCCAAUCCCACAGGUGAUUAAACGGAUGACAGAUGGUGGAGCAGACUACUCAUUUGAAUGCAUUGGUGAUACAGGAGCAGUAACUACUGCGCUGCAAUCAUGUUCUGAUGCAUGGGGAAUGACAGUGACUCUAGGGGUGCCAAAAACAAAUCCUGAAGUGUCAUUACAUUAUGCACAGCUACUUUCUGGAAAAACUUUGAAGGGCUCUCUAUUUGGAGGAUGGAGACCAAAAACAGAUCUUCCAUCGUUGGUCCAGAAGUGCAUGGACAAGGAAAUUCAUCUUGACGGGUUCGUCACACACGAUAUUAUAUUUGACAAUAUCAACGAGGCUUUCAACCUAAUGAAAGAGGGUAAGUGUUUGCGAUGUGUUAUUCACAUGCAGAAAUAAUACAUCUAAUAUAAAACCAUGUCUAAAAUCAGCUUUUAGUACAAAAAAUUAAAUUUUAUACUAAAAAGCUAUUUUAAGAAGCAAUAAAAAAGCUAUACUAAAUGAAACCUAAACCUAAGGCUGUUCCAAAUUCUAAUUUGGAAUCAGUUUAUUGGAUUUUGUCCUUUUUCUUCUGUGUAGAGUUCUUGCUUGACUUUGUCCGAAGUUGAACAUGUGCUGAAUAUAUUGUAUUGAUCUGAAUACUUUCGCUUGGCCGGUUAGCUUUUGGCAUUAAUAAAAGAGCUGGAUUAUGAAUAUCCGGUCAUCAUUGUUUUUCA